GCCUGCCUAGCAGUAGCGCAAAACACAGGGCGUCCUGAAGCAGUCACCACAUUGUUGAAGAGUGCGCGACACCGCCGUUUCUUCCGUAGACCAAAGCAACAGGAGCACGGUCUCUCCAAGCGGCAAUUAUCUUCCCUACGUAUUCGAAUAUGACGGGAUCUACAGACGUGCGCAACCCGGUGGUCCUCUGGGCCCAACGCAGGGACUGUGUCUACAUCACGAUCGCGGUCGAGGAUUGUAAGAACGCUGAUCUGAAGAUCGAGGCUGACAAGGUCCUUUUCAAGGGGGACGGAGGCGACAAACUACACUACGCGUGUGCUCUGAACUUGAACAACAAAGUCAAGAACGACGAAAGCAAGUUCGUCGUGCGCGACAGAAACAUCGAAGUACUCCUGAAGAAAGAAGAGGAACAAUAUUGGCCGCGACUCCUUAAGGAGUCCACCAAAAUGCAUUGGCUCCGAGUCGAUUUCAACAAAUGGAGGGAUGAAGACGAGUCCGAUGAUGAGCUCGGUGGUGGUGGCGGAGGAAACUUCGAGGACAUGAUGCGCCAGAUGGGCGGUCUCGGUGGCGGUGCCGGUAUGGGAGGUUUCGAUGGAGCCGAAGAAGAAGAUUCCGACGACGAUGAACUGCCUGAUCUAGAAUCAGCUAAGGAUAACAAGGAGGAGGAGAGGAAAGAAUAGUCACGCAGUUCAUGCUACUCUAAAUACAUCGUCGCAGGAGAGUCAGUCGGUAUGCUUCACCAGGGAGGCCUGGUCAUGAACAUGUUGUAAAUACACUCUCACCGCAGUUUCGCCCUAAUAGUUUCCUUCACUGUAAUAAACUACCCAGCGGAAAGACUUUCCUU